AUGGCCUUCAUCAGAAAUUCUCUUCUCAAACUUGCACCAGUUUCAACAAAAUCUAUUGCAAUAGUACAAAAACGUUUUUAUUUAGCACUUCAUGAAUAUGUUUCCAUGGGAUUACUUGAAGAAGCAGGUAUUCGUGUACCAAAAUAUCGUGUAGCUGAAACAACUGAUCAAGCUUAUAAAAUUGCUGAAAGUGAAGAACUUGGUACUGAUCUUGUUAUUAAAGCUCAAAUCCUUGCUGGUGGCCGAGGUAAAGGUACAUUUGAUACAGGUCUUAAAGGUGGUGUUAAAAUGACAUAUUCACCGGAUGAAGCCAAACAAAUUGCAUCGAAAAUGCUUGGUCAUCGUUUAUAUACGAAACAAACAGGUCGUGAAGGAAAACCAGUUAGUAAAGUAAUUAUGUGUGAAAAAUUAUUUACUAGACGUGAAUAUUAUUUUGCUUUGGCAUUAGAACGUCGUUUUGGUGGUCCAGUAAUUAUUACAUCGACUCAAGGUGGUAGUAAUAUUGAAGAAAUUGCUGCUGAAAAUCCUGACGCAAUUAUUCAUCAUCCUAUUGAUAUUAUAACAGGACUUGAACGUAAAGAUGCAUUAGCUAUUGCAGACAAACUUGGAUUUCAUGAUGAAGCUCGUGAUGAUGCAGCUGAUACAAUGAUGAAAUUAUAUAAUUUAUUUGUUACUAAAGAUAUCGUUCUAUUAGAAAUUAAUCCAUUAACAGAAGGAGCUGAUGGAAAAAUCUAUUGUAUGGAUUGUAAGAUAAAUGUUGAUGAUAAUUCUGAAUAUCGACAACAAGCAGUAUUCAGUCAAAAAGAUAAUACACAAAAAGAUUGGCGUGAUGUUCAAGCUGAAGAAUCAAAUUUAAAUUAUAUUGGUCUUGAUGGUGAAAUAGGAUGUCUUGUUAAUGGUGCUGGUUUAGCUAUGGCUACCAUGGAUAUUAUAAAAUUAGCUGGAGGUAAUCCAGCUAAUUUUCUUGAUGUUGGUGGUGGUGCUACAGCUGCACAAGUUAAAAGUGCAUUUCAAUUAAUUACUGCUGAUCCAAAAGUACAAGCUGUGUUUGUGAAUAUCUUUGGUGGUAUUAUGAGAUGUGAUGUUAUUGCACACGGUAUUGUUGCAGCUGCCAAAGAACUUAAAUUAACUAUACCAAUUGUUGUACGAUUACAAGGUACACGAGUUGAUGAUGCAAAAGCAAUUAUUGCUACUAGUCAAUUUAAAAUACUUCCUUGUGAUGAUUUAGCUGAUGGCGCUCGAUUGGUUGUUAAACUUGCUCAAAUUGUCAGUUUAGCUCGAUCUGCUUCAAUAGCUGUUCAAUUUGAAUUACCAAUUUAA